AGCCAUGCCAUAUGCUACUUAUUUACAAUAGUUCGAAAACGUUUAUAGAUUCAUAAUUGGGGAUUUUUAUCAUAAGAACUAGGUUUUAUCGCAAAAUGGAGAGCAUCGAAGGAAAAAUAACGGCUAUAAGCCAUAUUAUAUACAUCAAUCCCAAAACCCUUUUUUUUGAAGUAUCAUUGGAUACUCAGAGAUGGAAUAUCCUCGUCACCAACAGAAGCCAUCUAAUAAGCUGGAGAGAAAUUUUACUGAUGAGACAAUGGGUUAAGAUUGAUGAGCUGAAAAGGGUAACAAUUUCUGGCCAUUCAAAGAGCAAACCUAUUUCUAUACUGGAAACCACAAAAAAUUCAAAACUAACUGUAAUUGAGAAAGCAUCUGUAAAUUCUUUAUCAUCCAACCUGAUCAACUAUGAAGGUAGGGUAACAGAUGAUACCUUUGGAUCUUCAGGCUUUUAUCAACUUGACAAGAGUCUGACUGUGUGCCUUACUUACAUGAAACUAGUCACUAGUAUCCCAAUUAUAAACAAAGGGGAUACUAUUGUUAUGCAUGAUGUUCAUAGAAUACGUGUCAAAGAGAACUUCCUCAUAUUAAUAUGUGGUAGAGGAAACCUAGUCAAUAGAACUGCUCAUAAAGAAAAUGAAGGAUUGUUCCCGAAAUCGGCAAAAGAAGAUAACCGGAACUUUUUACAGCACUUGGCACUAGAAAAUAAUUACAGCAUCGGAGUGUUAUUUAGUCUAUACGAGCUAUGCAAAACACUGUGUGACAAACUGAUGGGGAUCUUGCCGCCCGAAAACGUUACCAGGAAACUUGCCAGUGUCAAUGAGAAAGGAGUGCUUGCAGCGGUAGUGGAUCAUGUAUCAUCUAUGGUACAUAUCGAACCCAAAUCUCGAUCUUUGUCACGAGAAUUCCUUGCGCACGGUGAUGGUUGCGCUCCGUGCAACAAGGAAACCUGCUGGAGAAUUGAUGUUUGGCCUCUCGAUCGUCAUCAAAUAGAAACGCGUUGUAACCUUGGCGAUUUGUGGGUGUCUAACGUGAAUGGCGAUGCUGAAAAUGACAAAACACCGACACUGCCAUUCUAUUGGGAGCACGACGUGGCUCCUAUCGAUUCCCGCUCUGACCGCAUCUGUGUACUGAUGGGCGUCCUGUCAUUCCUCAACGGGCGUUGGGAGCUGCGGGAUCGAAGCGGGUCGGUGGAGUGCAUCGCGGUCGAUCGCGACUGCCAACAAUUUCGCGACCGGUGCGUCUUUGCCUCAAAGUUCGCCGUCCAUCGGGAAUCCUUCGCAGUCGGCGAUUCGACACACGCAAGGAUCUACGUUAGCAUUGACGAAUUUCACGCUGCGAGUUUACCGCUAGCCAAAGCUGACGUCGACAUCGACGAAAUAAGUUCAGUCAAUGGCGUCCGAUUUCUGGCAUUAAGCAAAAGCAUACCGCAAAUGGUCUACUCCAGCGAUACGGCCAUCCGCCACGUGUUUGGCUACCUUGUUGUCGCUUCGUUGCAUUGCCAAUCCCAGCUCGUUGACGUCGGUCCUCCCAGCAAACGGCCCAGAAAGAAUCAACAUACGGAUUUAAUGUCAGAAACAGACUCCGAAGGGCCGGCCAAUUGCAUUUUGCUCGUGAGCCACGAUCAUCCGACUCUAAGCUAUCCAGCUCUCGUGGAAGGUCGAGUCUACGAAAUCCGUCUGGACAAAAGGAAAUUGCUGAGCAACCCGAUCUUCCUGUCUGCUUUGAAAGAAGUACCGCAGUAUGCUUUGAAGAAUCACGUUUAUCUGGUGCCCGAUCAUGUGGCGAUCUACCCGGUUGCCUACAACCUCCCAAAGAGCGAGUCGUACAUGCGCCGCGACGUUUUGAGGGCCGAGGAGUGCCUGUCCCUGGACGAGAUCGGUCAAACGGUGUCGCUACGGGGCCGGAUCGUCGAUCGGAUGCAUGUGGAGCCGCGCUUUGCGAGCGAACGAACUGGUCAAAAUUAUGCUACUCAUCGAGGAACUUGGCUCGGCAUUCCUGGCAACAAGAAAUUGAUCCUGAAAAUCGGAGACGACCGUGAAUCGAGCUUCGGCAGCAAGAUCGACGUCUAUUUCAAUCUGCGCGAAGGCCAGGUCUACCCGUUGGGGCUCUACAGAGGAACCGAAGUGGAACUGACGUGGCUCUGCUUGCGUAAGACGAAAACGGGCCGUUUGUAUUGCACGUCCACUUUACUCACCUCCAUCCGAUUAUUAAAGAUUGGCCGGAAUUUCGGGCCAACUAAGCCGCGCAUCGAGUUGAUGAAGGAGGCUUGUGUCGGUCGGCGCUAUUUCUCUCAAUUGGAGACCAUCCGGCCCAAAGAUGUCUUCAGCAGUCUCGUGACAGUGCGCUACAUCCAUAAACUAUCCAUUAGCUGCGUGUGCUCCGGCUGCGGAUCGACCAUCACGCGUGGAGCCUGCACUUAUGUUGGCUGCCACUGGAACCAACCAAGCUGCAAAGUCGAUCUGAAAGCUUGGUGCACGGUGGAAGAUGGAACUGGCCAAGCUGUCAUCUUUUUCAGUGGAGAUUGCUGUCGUUCCUGGUUGAAAUUACCGGCCAACGUGUGGAAGAUGCUGCAGGAGAAUGUAUUACCUCACGAAGGGGAAUUCGUCUACUUGUCUUCGAAAUCACGUGCACCAGCCCUUAGUUUGGCCAGUCAGAUCUUAUCGUUGUAUUGUGACACAUCUGUCCACCUGCGACGGCCGUUGCGUGUCAUUGUUGACAAGUUCACCAACAACGAAGUCAACGCCGGACCGGAGCGGACAUCAGCUUAUUUCCUGAAGGAUCCGCAGAAAAACAGGCUCUUUUGCCUGCACGUUGGAGAGAGAGAUUCAACUUUGUGUGUCAACGAGCUAUCAGCUUUAGGUAACCACUGAGCUUGUCUUCGUAUUAGGUGAACGCAAAAUCGUGAUCCAUGUUCUUGAGUUUGAGCUUCUUCUGGGCGAUUUUGGAAUAUUUGAUGUCGAUGGGUUGGGUGGUGUCGUAAAGGGAGGGCGCCUGUAGGAUGAUGAUGGCCAUGCCGGCGACGCAGGCCACAAAGAACAACCAGAGGAAGAAGCGGUCGAGCACCAUGGCCACAAACUUCCAAUCUUCGAUAACCUGGAAA